AUGGUUGAUGGGAUGCAAGAGUUUCAGGCAACUACUGUAAUAAAUGUAGAGGUAUGGUCUAUUCUCAGGCAACACCAUAAGAUUAUAUAUCCAUUCUGGACAGAUGCCGGAAUUCCAGCCGAGGGAACAACACUACCACUAUCGCUUGGAGACUUUAAAACGGAAGAGCUCCCACAAGAUGUCACAGGCCCCGGGCUUGACAAGGAUAUUCUCAUCACUUCAGGACAGCUUUACAAUUUUCCUUCAAGCGCCGAAUCAAGACAGCAAGCGCACACAAAAAAGCAGGGCUCUAUUAACCGGAUUCGGCCUGGCGCUCUAAAGCGUCGUCGGCCUGGAAACCCCUCAGAGCAGCUCAGCUCAGAUGAAAAAGUAGAACCACAUUAUUCUAUAUAA